AUGACAACAAUAUCACUGAGACCACAUACCAGGUCUCUGCUGCAGCGCCAGCUUUACACAUGCCAAAAAUGCCGCGCCGGCUCCCCGCGGUGGCACUCCUCCACCGCCGAGCCCAGAGGUUUCGAGGCCCUGAGGAAGAAGCUCCCGACCCUGGGCAACAAGCUGCGUGAGCUGCCCGACAAGCCGGCGAGGACGCGCUUCGCGCCCUCACCGACCGGAUAUCUCCAUCUCGGAUCCCUCCGGACGGCGCUGUAUAACUGGCUCCUCGCGCGGGCGACGGGCGGCCAGUUCAUCAUCCGCGUCGAGGAUACGGAUCGAACUCGUAUCGUCCAAGACGCCGUACCACGCCUCCUAUCCGACCUGAAAUGGGCAGACCUAAGCUGGGAUGAAGGCCCAGACGUCGGCGGCCGCUUCGGGCCUUAUGUUCAGUCCAAACGUCUACACCUCUACCAAAAAUACCUCACCCAGCUCCUCGAAAGCGGCCACGCGUACCGCUGCUUCUGCACGUCCCACGACCUGGAACGCCACAAGCAGCAAUCCCUCGACGCCGGCGGCACCGCCCACUACCCGGGGACCUGCCGCGACGUCCCCGUCCCCGAGGCCGAGCGCCGCGGCGCGGCCGGCGAGCCGCACGUCGUCCGCUUCCGCGCCGGCGCCGGCCGCCUCCGCCCCUCCUUCGUCGACGCCGUCUACGGGAACUACCAGAAGAACGAGCCCGAGGACGACUUCAUCCUCUUCAAGAGCGACGGGUACCCGACCUACCACUUCGCCAACGUCGUCGACGACCACCUGAUGGAGAUCACGCACGUCAUCCGCGGCGCCGAAUGGCUCAUCUCGACGCCGAAACACAUCGCCCUCUACGAGGCCCUGGGCUGGGAACCCCCGACCUUCGCCCACGCGGGCCUCCUCUGCGCCCAGAACGGCGAGAAGCUGAGCAAGCGCAACCACGACAUCGACAUCUCCUCCUACCGCGACAAGGGCAUCCUCCCCUCCGCCCUGAACAACUGGCUCGCCCUCCUCGGCUGGAGCAUGCACGAGAAGGACGUCAAGAAGCACGGGGAGGUGUUCUACACCACGAAAGACCUCGCCGAGAAGUUCUCCCUCCGCUUCACAAAGGGCAACAUCAAAACCAACCCCGAAAAACUCACGCUCUUCCAGGGCAAACAUCUCACCAAGCUCCUCACCAUCGAGAACCCCUCCGCAGGCGAAGAACGUCUGCUCCGCCAGUCCAUCAUCCCCCCGACCAGGGCCCUCCUCGCCCGCAUAUCGGACCUCGUAUCUUCCGGCGCGGAAGAGCGCCUCGUCUCCCCCACCAACAGCCGCUACGCCAUCUCCGUCCCGGACUUCUCCCGCCUCGACCCGGCCCUCGACCCCCGCGACCGCGCCGCGUCGGAAAACCAGAUCAUGCGCAUCCUCCGCACCACCAUGGCCAAGAACGCCCCCGUCGACCCGCAGGCCCUGGUCUACGAGCACCCCUCGCUCUUCUUCCGCCCCAGCGCCAUGGCCUACGCGCGGCACACCUUCACCCGCUCCCGCGCGUCCCUGCAGCCGGCGGAGGCGGAGGACGGCACGAGCCGGCCCCUGGGCGAGCUGGUCCGCGAGCUGAAGGCGGCCUUCGAGGCCGUCCCGGAGAGCGAGUGGGGCGCGGCGCGGCUGCAGGAGGUGAUCAACGAGUUCGGCGCCCGGCUCGAUGAGACGGCCCUGGUCAGGGGCAGGGAAGGGGUCAACAAGACGACGGGGGGCGCGAAGGCGGCGUACGAGCUGCUGCGGAUGGUGUUGACUGGCGAUGCCGAUCGCGGGUCUAAGCCUGCCAAGUUGCAGCUUGCGGUGCUGGGCAAGAGCGAGACCCUCGCGCGGUUCGAGAUGUGCUGUGCGUAA